GGCAUGAUGUUAUUGCCCAGGCCCAAUCAGGAACGGGAAAGACCGCUACAUUUUCUAUUUCGAUUCUUCAAAAGCUUGAUAUGUCCAUUAAUCAAUGUCAGGCCCUUGUCCUCGCUCCAACCCGUGAACUAGCCCAACAAAUCCAGAAGGUAGUCAUUGCCCUCGGCGACUUUAUGAACGUUGAAUGCAAUGCUUCAAUUGGUGGUACUAACGUCCGUGAAGGUAUCAAAAGACUUGAAGCUGGUGCCCAAGUAGUUGUUGGUACUCCCGGUCGUGUAUAUGAUAUGAUCAAUCGUCGUGCUUUGAAAACCGAUCAUAUAAAAAUGUUUGUUCUUGACGAAGCUGACGAAAUGUUGUCCCGUGGGUUUAAAGAACAAAUAUACGAUGUCUUCCAACUUCUUCCACCUAGUACUCAAGUAGUUCUCUUAUCUGCUACGAUGCCAGCUGAUGUUUUGGAAGUUACUACUAAGUUUAUGCGUGAUCCUGUUAGAAUUUUGGUUAAGCGCGAUGAAUUGACCUUAGAAGGCAUUAAG